AUGACUCAUUUAAACGAGAUUCUCGAAAGGUUCGUCUUUACGCGUCAACUAUCACACGACACCCGAACAAAGCUUCUUUACGUACUCGGAAAGGUUGACAAUCAAGAUUGCAUCCUGACCUUUGAAAAGGCUCAUUUCCCAGAGAUUGCGAUUCCAACUUUGGCAUCUUCUACUCAUCAGCUCGUGGACCCUGUAGAAAACAACAUUUACAGCUGGGCAGUUGCGAGUGUAACGACAAGAGAGCCUAACACGCACGUCAAAGCCAUCUUUCCAGCUACAGAGCUGCACAUCAAAAAGUACGAAGCACAAGCACGUUUUCUGGUGUCAGAGACACCUGCGCUGUACCGAAACGUCACUUUGCCUUUUAUUGAAUCCAUUCCGGCAAGCAGAACAAAAUGGGUCCAAAAUAUCCUGGACGGCACUUCGGAAGCAGACGUGGUGCUUUAUCGUAGCAACCAAGGAGAUCAAUUGUCAGAUACCGGAUUUGUGGUGUUACCGGACAUGAAGUGGAAUGGAACCAAGGAGUCGUUGUACUGGGUAGCAAUUGCCAAUCGGAGCGAUAUCUUGUCCCUUCGAUCGAUCAAUCCAGACCACAUGGAACUGCUGCUCAAAAUAAGAAAGACGGCCCAUAAGUUGGCCAAGGACAAAUUUGAUCUUGAGCCUCACCAGCUUCGGUUAUUUGUUCACUACCAGCCGUCGUACUACCAUUUCCAUGUUCACAUCACUGCCAUGUCGUUUGCGGAUGCCCCAGGUGUUACAGCCGGUCAAGCACACUUACUCGACACUAUCAUUGACAUGCUCAGGGUGUGUCCCGAUUAUUAUCAACGUGCCACACUUCCUUUUGUAGUCGGUGAGCGCCAUCCGUUAUAUUUGGCAUCCCAGGCCUGGACACAGCAGACACCUGAAGAGUAA